AUGUUCGGACUUGGGGCUGAUGCUGGACGGUUUCCGCAGCGGGGCUUGGUGCACGCGGCCAGCUCGCAGUGGGAGGACGCGCGCCAGUGCUUCCAGGACGCGCUGGCCAUCCACCCCACCCACCUGGACAGCAUGGUGCAACUUGGCGCCGCGUACUACGAGCUCGGCUGGCUGCGGCUGGCCGAGCGCAGCCUGCGCGAGGCGGGCGCGCUGGGCCCGCUGCGCGCGGACACGUGGCGGCGGCUGGCGCUGGUGCUGGCGGCGCUGGGCGACCCCGCCGCCGCGGCCGACGCCGCCGCCGCCGCGCUCGCGCUGCACCCCGCCGCGCCGCUGGCCGGCCCGCUCGCCGCGCCGCUCAACGCCGACCUCGCCCUC